UUUUCUAGAUUGUUCUGUUUUGUUUCGAACGCUGCCUUAUUUAAGAAAAUCAAAACGGAUUCAUUAAAACUAGAUCCUCUAAUGAUUUCAUUAACGAAAUCUCUGGCCUUAUGUUCUGUUUUCAUAUUCUUUUCAAUUUCAAUUCUUUUAUUUCUUGCUGUGUUCUAUAUUUGUAAAUAUCACUACGAAAGAAUAAAAUUAGAACAAUGUACUAUAUACAUGAAACCUGAAGAAGUUGGAAAAGCUAUAGGAAAACGUUUGAAUCAAUGUGAAAAAGGAGAGUGUUAUUCAGAUGUGGAGAUAGAAGUUCCAUACUAUUCAAGUGUAAAUAUGCCUCAAAUCCUAUUAUCAUCAGAAGAGCAUCCUCCAGAAUAUUAUGAACUUGAAUCAGCACGUGCAUCCCCACUUCCUUCAUAUGAUGACGUCAUGUACUGCGAUCAACUGAAUCGAUCAUUUCAAAACUUACUAUCAGCAAGAUAACUUCUUUUUCAUAAUUCAUAAUUUAUUUUUUCCUGUAUAUAAAAAGUGUGGAAUGAAACGUUGACUGCGGGGAAGUAAAUA